AUGCAAGCACCUACACUCUUUACCAUUUACUCUUUCCUCGCUUUCGUCGUCUUUUUCGUUGAGCAGCGACUCGGGGCGGACAUUAACACUAGUUUCAAGAUCACUUCUCUAAUAGUGAGCUCAUAUGCAACUGCGCUAUUCACUAGCAUCGUCGUAUAUCGAAAGUUCUUCCACAGACUACGACAUUUCCCUGGUCCUUGGCUAGCAGGAGCUACGAAGUUUUGGCACGUUUGGCAAUGUCGUACGGGGAAGAAUUUCCUCGUCAUUGAGGAGCUGCGCAAGAAGUAUGGCCCAGUUAUUCGGACAGGCCCGGAGGAAAUCACAUUCAUCGACGCUGCUGUCCCCCCCGCUGUUGAUGGACCUAGGAAUAAGUGUACCAAAGCUGUCUGGUACGACUUCUUGCUUCCUGAACUCGCAGUUAAUUCAACCCGAGACAUAAAGGAGCAUGAUGCUCGACGACGUAUCUGGGACCGAGGCUUCAGCAAUAAAGCCCUUGCCAUCUACGAAGAACGCGUCAUGGAAUAUGCAGAAAUACUUGCAUCUCAGAUCGAAAACCUUGCGAUCUCAGAUUCCCCCGUCAAUGUAUCGGACUGGUUUUACUGGUUUACAUUUGAUGUCAUGGGCGAAUUUGCCUUUGCACAAUCAUUCGGCAUGCUGAAGGAUAAGAAGUGGCACUUCGCAGUUCGCUUACUGAGGAGGGCUAUGAGCUUGUUAGGGCCAUUUAGUCCGGUACCAUGGAUUGCUCAAAUCGCAUUCUAUAUCACACCCUGGAUAUCUAUUAUUCGGGAUUGGCUUACUAUGCUGCAAUGGUGUAGGGACCGCAUGAGCGAACGGAUAGCAAGGAAAGUCGAGAGGCCCGAUGUCUCACACUGGCUCAUCGAGGCGUCUCUUGAAAAGGGGUCCUUGGAAGCUGACCGUGAUUGGCUGAACGGUGAUGCCGUCACCAUCAUCAUUGCUGGAAGUGAUACUAUCGCCCCAACCCUCGUCUUUGCUUUCUACGAGCUUGCUCGCAGCCCGUGUCACCAAGACAAACUACUUUCCGAACUCAAGGAUGUAAAUAUUUACGACAAGUCACAGCUCCAGAACUGCAACCACCUCACUGCCCUUAUAAACGAAACAAUGCGGCUAUACCCCCCAGUACCUACUGGUGGAUACCGCCAAUCACCCCCAAAUGGGAUGACAAUUAACGACGUAUAUAUUCCGGGGAAUGUCACGAUUGUUGCGCCCAGAUACUCUCUCGCGCGUCUUGACUCCUCAUAUGAGCAACCCGAUCAGUUUAUCCCCGAACGCUGGACCACGCGACCAGAAAUGAUCAAGGAUGCCCGUGGCUUCGCCCCGUUCUCCCAAGGCCGGUUUAGCUGCGUUGGGAAGAACCUGGCGAUGACCGAGAUGCGAUUCGUCAUCGCCUUACUCGUGAAGAAGUUCAAAGUCGAGUUCUGGGGCGAUGAUAAGGGCGAGAAGUUAUUCGCGGAUUUAAGAGAUCAGUUCACAGCCACGCCAGGGCAGCUGGAUUUAAGAUUCCGGCUUAGAGACCAAUCUUCUUGA